AUGUCUCGCAUUCAGAUUCCCCUCGACGUCCUGACGUCGCGCCUCAACCUCUCGGAGCGCUUCUCGGGUCUCAACUCUAGCAGCUUAACCGGCCGCUUCUCCAACCUCAGGCCCCUAUCCGAGUUCUUCGACUUCAAGCGUCUUUCCAAGCCGCAGAACUUUGGCGAGGUUCAGUCCCGUGUCAAUUACAACCUCAGCUACUUUAGCAGCAACUACAGCGUUAUUUUUGUUAUGCUCUGCAUUUACACUCUGCUGACGAACUGGUGGCUGCUCUUCGACAUCAUCUUUGUCACCCUCGGCAUGUUCCUCAUCGGCAAGCUUGACGGCCGUGACCUUGAGAUUGGUACCUUCAAAGCCUCGCCCAGCCAGCUCUACACCGGACUGCUGGUCAUCGCGAUACCGGUUGGCUUGAUUGCCUCGCCCUUCUCUACCAUUGCCUGGCUGAUCGGAGCCAGCGGCUUUUUCUGGGGAGGCGGUCUAGAUGGUCGGCCGCGAGCUCCCGAAUUUGCGCCCCAUGGGGGAAGACCAUCGAGGCGCGGUCGGAGGAGGUAUGGCGGCGCCGCCGGGGAAGGGGACGAUGCGUGGACUGGUGUUGGCGGUGCCGGCCGCAAUAGAGUAGAGGAAUUGGGUAGCGACGUCGACGACCAGGGUGCUCUUGUCGCUGACGUCCGGGGCGUUGGGUUUUCUACAUCUUCGCGGCGUUUUGCCAGCGAUUCACUGCGUUUUACAGGUAUAGAUAUGGGAGAGCGGGCUGGUAAUCAGUCAUCACGACGGGCGGAGAACGCCCAAAAUUCAUCAGAAGAAGACGAGGAUGAGGAUGAGGACGAGGAUUCUGACGGCGAUUGGUCAAACGAAAGUAGCAGAUCCAGGAGGCGGGAAGAGGCAUUGUUCGAGUCUGCGAUGACGAGAAUACGACAGGCCAGGGCUCAAGGGAGAGUCGACGUUGACUUGACGCGGGCAGAGCUGGAGGCUGUCAACCGCAUGACAGAGCGAAAGCGUAGAGAGGCAGAGCGGCGGAGGAGAGAGGAGCAACAACAGCAACGAGUAUCGAUCCCGAUAUCUCAAUUGGAUCCGUCUAGUUUCGAGGAUCUGUUGGAAGACGAGCCUUCGUCGCGCCAACCAUCUCCUCCUCAGGUCGAUGAUCGACAAGGCUACCCGCCAGUCGGUUAUUUCCCGGCCCCCAAAGGCCGCCAGCGCUCAUCCACCACGUCGUCGCGAGCUACAGCUGCUCAUGGCCGCAUUCCAUACGACCGUGAUGUGUCACCCGACGCGUACUCUGCGGCCGCCCGGCCAAGGUCUCGCCGUGAGGACACUUCUCCAUUCAGGUAUUCUUACGUUUCACAAAACCACCCGCCGCCAGCGAUUAGGCAUUCAUCCGACCCCAACCGUGCUCGCGGCUCACGCGUGCCAUCUCCCCGGGAUCCAGAUGAAAUGCAUCAUCUGUCAAAUACAUCGGCACCUACGCUGCACAAUGGCUCAACUGUCGACCCCUUCCAGUACAUGUCGCCGACUUCCGCAGGUCCGCGCGCGCCACCAUUGGGCGCUGCGGCUGCGGCCCGCCGGCGUAUCUCUGUCUCCAACCCGACCCCUGCUGCAGCUGGGGGACGGAGCCGGGGUGGUUCCAGACGGGUCAGUCCUGACGCGACCGAAGAGUCGAGUGGGGACGACACGGCAAGUGACGACUACAGCCAUGGAGCGCGUGUAGCACCGCCGACGACGAGGCGAGCUGCGCGCGAGCCGCCUGUAAUCGUUGAGGAAACCCGCGUGCAGACGCCAGAGCCGCGACGUUCGAGCCGAUCCAAGGCAUCAAGCAAGUCGCCUGCGAAACGGAAGCCGGCUGGUAGUAGUAGCAAUACUACCAACAGCAGUAGUCGCAGCAAGAAGAAGCGGUGA